AUGCUGCACUUUGACGAGCUCCACGUGCUCGAGCACGGUCUUGGCGCAACGACCCAAGUGACGUCGCUCGCGUCGCGGCUCUACGAGUGGCUUCCAGCGCGCUGGUUUCUUCGCUCGUCGGCGACGACGCCGGACGUGCUCUCGGAGGAGUUUGUAAGCGUCUUCUCGAUGGUCCGCGGGUUUCGCCGCGCGAUCGUGACGCUGGACCAGCCCAACCACUGCAUUUGGAACGGCGCCAAGGUCAUGGCGCUCCGAGACGUGAGCGCCGUGAUCCCCAUGCACACGCCGCACGACUCGCCGGCGUGGAGGCUUCUGUUGCAGGAUGCGGCGACGCUGCAGUCGUGGACGCUUGGCUUUACCGCCGAGGCGGACUUUCAACUCUGGCUCCAUGACCUCAAGCGCGUGCUCACGGAGACAGGCUGCGAGAAGUGCACCGUGCGCCCGCUCAUUGAGCUCAUCGCGCCGUCCGAGACAACCGCCGCCGCGCAGCGAUAA